CCAAACGGUGAAAAAAGGAAAAACGUCUGGAAAAAGGAAGAGGGAAAGAAAAACCCUAGCACCUACUGCCUACUACACCAGAGAGAGAGAGAUUUUCCUGAUUUUCCUUUACUCUUCCUUCCUGUUUUGCUUCUGAGUAGCGUGGAGUCUUUGUUGUCUUCGCAAGGUAUUUCGUUCCGCGUCCUGCAUUUUUGUUUCUACUGUUUGUUUCCGCUUCAGAUGUGAGGAAAUGGAGGCGAGUGCGGUAGGGGAGAUUGGGAGCUCGUCGAGGGAGCAGGACCGGCCGCCGAACCCGCUCGGAGGUGCGUACCGGCAGUGUUUCGGCAACGCCCACUUCGGUUCUCCGUGCGCCAACAGCCCUCAUGUUCGCCACGCCGCACUGAGGGCAAGCAGGGUGGAACGAUUCGUCGGUAGCGCAUAUGAUGAUUCCGAAGUCGAUGGGGAGCUGAACUUGGAGGAGAGCCUGUCUCAGGUGAAUAUGGAGGUAGAAUCUAUUGGGGAACUUGAAAUCCAAGAAGGAAAAGAAGAUUCUGAAAGUGAUUUCAUCCCUGUUGUCCGCUCGGGUGGAUGGGCAGAUAUUGGAAUCAGGAGGACCAUGGAAGAUGUCUAUGUGUGCUUCGAUGACUUCUUGCAUGACUGCAAACAUUUGGGGUCACCCAGUGCCUUCUAUGGGGUUUUUGAUGGCCAUGGUGGCAAGCAUGCUGCAAAUUUUGCGUGUGACAACCUGCCAAGGUUAAUACUAGAGGAUGCUGAUUUUCCAAGGGAGAUAGAGAAGGUUAUUUCUGCAGCUUUUCUGCGGACAGAUAAUGCAUUUGCAGAAGCAUGUUCCCUUGAUGCCACACUUGCAUCUGGUACUACUGCAUUGACUGCUGUAAUAGUUGGGAGGUCCUUGGUGGUUGCUAAUGCUGGAGACUGCCGUGCUGUGCUUUGCCGUCGUGGCAAGGCAAUUGAGGUAUCAAGAGAUCACAAACCUGGAAGCUUGAGAGAAAUGAAACGGAUAGAGGCAUCUGGUGGCUAUGUUUCUGAUGGCUACCUUAAUGGCCAACUGAAUGUUGCCCGAGCUCUUGGAGAUUGGCACAUGGAAGGCUUGAAAGUCCCUGCCACUGGUGAUGGACCCAAUUUGGGGCCAUUGAGUGGAGAGCCUGAGAUGAUAAGGAUGAAUUUGACAGAAGAGGAUGAGUUUCUUAUCAUUGGAUGUGAUGGUAUCUGGGACGUUUUCAUAAGUCAGAAUGCAGUUGAUUUUGCCCGAAGGCAAUUGCAGCAGCACAAUGAUCCCUUGACAUGCUGUAAAGAACUGGUUAGCGAAGCACUCAAGCGCAAGAGUGGUGAUAAUUUAGCGGUGGUAGUGGUCUGCUUCCAGGCAAAUCCCCCGCCUAAUCUUUCUGCACCUAAGCCCCGUGUUCAUAGGAGUAUCUCAGCUGAAGGUUUUCGAGAGGUGCAGAGCUUCUUGGACAGCUUAAGGACUUAGCAAUCUUGGCAGAAGAAGCUGCAGAAUGGGGGUGGAGCUGGAGGGGAUCACCUUUUGCUUGAAGCACACAUACUGUUUGUUUGGAGCUAGUUUUUAUUGUUUGAGAAGUUUCAACUGUAACAUAUGCGGCUUAUGUUAGCUUUAAUUGAAAUUUCCUGUUGAAUUUUGCUUGAUCCACUA